GCCCCUGAAUUAUUAAGCGUUACAUAGAUGAGCUAGACGAGUUCGGUGGCGCGCGAUGGCUAGCGGCUCCGAAUUCUAGUCAACCAUCAGACGCGACAAAGAUAUUUUUAUAUAUAGCCCCAAAGGAAAACAUUCACCAUUCCAAAUCGGCCCUCUUGCGACAUUGCAUCCAAAAACGCUCACCCGUGGAACCCGUCGCCGGGCAGCAGCGCCAUGUGUCGCCGGUUGCGGCCACGUCGCGUCGUCUCGGUGCCCAUCAUCCUCUUAACCGCCGCCUUGUGCUCGCCCCCGACAUGGCGCUCACUGCCGGCAGCAACGGGGCAUCACUUCGCAAUGGACAGUAGGCAGACUCUUCAAGUGGAAGACACUACAAGUGAAGAAAAUGACAGUGAAGUUUCAAGAGUUAAGGAUGCUUUAAAGUAUUUCGAUGCCAAUUUUUUCAAUGAUUCAAAGGUGAAAGAAAUGAUGAAGGGUGCAAAAGAGUUUAACAUACCUGUGUUCAGAGCGAACCGUAGGCUGGUUGCUUCUGAAGAUGGAGGAUUGCAUAAUCCAUCAGUUUUGUUGUUCAAUUCAUCUUGGGGCAGCAAUGAAGCACCUUAUAACAAUAGAAAAUUCAACUAUUCCCCUUUGUAUGGGAUAAAGAGACCAAGCAGUGAAGAAGAUAUUGCAUUCAUGUCUGUACUUGAACUAGGAGAACUUAUUAGGACCAAGCAAAUCACUUCAUGUGAGCUUACUGAUAUAUUCCUUCGAAGAUUAAAGAGGUAUAAUCAUGUUCUUGAAGCUGUGAUUUCAUUUACUGAAGAAUUAGCACGCAGUCAGGCAAGAAAGGCAGAUGAGCUGCUGGCCCAAGGAACAUAUUUGGGUCCUCUUCAUGGAAUUCCUUAUGGACUUAAAGACAUUAUAGCAGUCCCUCACUACAGGACCACUUGGGGCUCGAAAACGUUCAAGGAUCAAAUUCUUGACAUUGAAGCUUGGGUCUACAAAAGGCUAAAGUCUGCUGGAGCUGUUCUUGUAGCAAAGCUUGUUUCAGGAUCACUAGCCUAUGAUGAUAUCUGGUUCGGGGGAAGGACCCGAAACCCUUGGAAUAUUGCUGAAUUCUCUACUGGUUCAUCAGCAGGUCCAGCAGCCAGCACAUCUGCAGGUAUGGUUCCAUUUGCAAUUGGCUCGGAAACAGCUGGAUCAAUUACUUACCCUGCUGCUCGUUGUGGAGUAACUAGCUUGCGCCCGACUUUUGGGACUGUUGGUCGAAGUGGUGUCAUGAGCAUAUCUGAGAGCUUGGAUAAGCUUGGUCCUUUCUGCAGAAGUGCCACAGACUGUGCUCUUAUAAUAGAUGCCAUUAGAGGAAAGGAUCCAGAUGACCCUUCGUCUCGUAAUGUUCCUCUUGAGGACCCAUUUCAAGUUGAUAUCAAAAAACUAACCGUUGGUUAUCUUGAAGAUGCUGAGAUGGAGGUUGUUCAUGUUCUUUCAUCGAAGGGUGUUAAUUGUGUUCCUUUCAAGCUAAAUUACACAGUUGAAUCAGUCCAGGCAAUUCUCAAUUUUACAAUGGAUGUUGAUAUGCUGUCCCACUUUGACAAGUGGCAGCGCUCAGGACAUGAUGAUGAGUAUGAAGCGCAAGAUCAGUGGCCAGUAGAGCUGCGACGUGCCCGUUUGAUACCAGCGGUAGACUAUCUACAGGCACAAAGGGUACGAGGGAAGCUGAUAAAGGAAGUUCGUGAGAGUUUUACUGUAGAUGCAUUCAUUGGCAAUGCAACCGAUUGGGAGAGGGUCUGCAUGGGAAAUCUUGUCGGUAUGCCUGUAAUUGUUGUUCCAACAGGUUUCAAAAGCAUUGAAGAUCCACCUAAAGGUGGUACCUGGAGAAGAACCACAAUAACAACAGGCAUAUAUGCGCCUCCUGACCAUGAUCACAUCGCGCUAGCAUUAGCUAUGGCAUACCAAUCAGCCACCAAUCACCACAAACAACGGCCACCUAUUGAUGACCUUGGGCCAAAUGACUUGGUUCCAAUUCCUGGGACAUUGUUGCGUUGCGAUCCCUUCCGCAAUUCAUGUUUAUGCUUCCAGCUCGAUCAUUGGUUGGCCAAGUCUUUUAAAUCUUUGUGAAAAUUCUGAAUUGCGAAUAGGAUUAUACAUUAAUGAGAGUACACUAUGUUGGACAAUUCUUCAAGCAAUGCUCUACGAUUGGUAUGUUACAUUACAGAGAAUAUUUACGUUCUAGUAGAUGAUACAUUACUGCAAGUACGUAUUUUUGCAUCGCCGAAAAGAAUGUUAAGGUAUCAAACAACUGCUAGAUUUUAUUGUGGGCCAUUGAUUUACUUUGUUGUUAGGAUCAUUGCAUGCGCUUAUUUUUUCUGCAUCACUUAAAACAUUCGAUUCUAAAUUGCUGGUUUAGUUUGAAUUUGUUGCCAUAAACUAGCUAUUAGGUGCAGAAGAAAAGCUCUUCCUUGUUCCCUUAGUCCAAAUGAAGCGACACCACUAACGAUG